UGUGCACCGGGUCUUUACGGUUCUCACCUCACGCGUGCAAUUGCAAAGCUCUAUAUAUAUCGGGUUACCUCCUCUGCUGGCACUUCACUUCUCCUUUGCCCCUCCCUCCUAUAUCCCUCUCCCCACGCAGCGUGCACAAGAGAAGUGAGGGAGGAGAUCGAAGCAGGGGGGAACAGGAGAUGGCAGGCCGCGGUGAAGCCAAGUCAUCGGUUUCUCCGGGUGAAGAGGCCUAUGUUGAGAAGAAGUUUGGAGGAAUUGCGCCCAAGAAGCCUCUGAUAUCGAAGGACCAUGAGCGUGCCUACUUCGACUCCGCAGACUGGGUCCUCGGCAAGCAAGCUGCGAACAGCAGCAGCUCAAGGCCCGCAGUCGAAUCUCUGAAGCCCAAGCUGAAGAGAACGCCUCAUCACCAGCUUCCCCCUCGCAAUCCGACCUGCGCAUCUGGCUGAGACUUAAGGAGGCACACCGCAGCAGCAUGGUGAAGAGCUCGGAGAAGGAGACAAGUGACUACGAGAGCUCGGAUUAGUGUUUAGCUGGUCCUACCGAAAAACUCUGCAUGCAAAUUGGCUUCUUGGCACUUCAGCUUCUAUAUGUCUGAAGUGAUUAGUUAACGUUAUCAGGGUUAAGUCAGAUGGAACUUGGUAUUUUAGAAUCUUGCUACAUUCACCCAAAAAUAAACAAAUUUGCAAUUUGAAGUCACUCGAGAAAUAGUUUUUCCUAAA